UGUAAAAGCAAUCUAUCAAAAACACGAAUCCACGGUACUUAUCCACAAUGCGUUUCCCCACGACCCUUACAACCCUCACAGCCAUGCUCGCUCUCAUCCCUUGCGCUACAGCAGGUCCGAUUGGCUACGCCAUAUGCCAAGCGGGUUGCUCAUCGGUAGUCAUGGCCUGCUAUGCAGCUGCUGGCUUUACGUGGGGAGCUACACUUGGUGCCACGGCUCCUGCUAGUAUUGUCGCGUGCAACACUGCGUUUGGGACGUGCCAGGCGGCUUGUGCGACUGUACUGUUGGGACCCCUGCCGUAGACGGUAGAGUAAGAAGAUGGAGGACGACGAUAAGAUAGAUAGCAGAGAAGGGCAAUGCAUGAGGAGAUGAUGGGUAGUAAUAUGGACUGCGGGAUAGGUUCAUGUGUUGAUAGAUCACUGGAUGAUACCUCAACGAACACCUAACAUUUGUUACAAUUUCUGGCAUGCACAACUUCGUCCCAUGGCAUCUCUCACUGAACGUGGUUUGUCGAUGUUAUUUAUUCUUGUGGUAUGCUCAUCUCUACAGAGAUCGGGGAUAUCUUUGCGGGUCGACGGAUCUCUUCAUCCCCAGGCAUCACAACCUCUCUUCCUCCAAACACCCACCCCUCAACACGCUUAUGAGCCCCCUUGCGCAUCCCCUCCUCAUCUUCUCCUGCCAACGCACAGACCGGCCAAUCCACCUUCCCACCCUCCAGCGUCAGCCCUCGUUCAAUCAUGCGCGCAACGAUCUGCAUUUCAAGAACACAC